GUAGUCUAUUGUGACAGAUUGCAUACCCAUACUACCUCGUUUUGGCUUUCGUGGCUUUAUUGUUUUAAAAUAAUUUGAGGCUAACUAGUUAUACCAUUGUUGCCAAGUACGUUUAGAAUCCUAAUAUGAUAUACCAUAACUCUCUUACCGUGUCAUCAUUGACAACACUUUUUAAAGCGGCUUCUAAAACGCUACAGUAGCAAUAGAAAGUGCAACGAAAUUCGGAACAAUAUUCUAUACCCUCAUUUCAUUGAAAUAGUGUUAUAUUAUGCAACAUCACGCAUUGACACUUCUGACAUAUGUUUUAUAUACCGUUGUUAUUCCUGAUCAAUACAUGAAGUGUCGCUACGCUACUGUAUAUAUAUCACGUGACAUGAAUGUGCAAAGUGCUGACAAAUAGGCAGCUUUGUUUUAUGAAGACCAUAGCGCAUAUUGAAUAGAUUGGUGCAGUUAUAGGUGUAAUGCUGGCGUAUUCGUCAUUUUAAGUCAUGUUUAUCAGACGUUGAUACAUUUCGCUGGAAAUGCUUCAAUCCUUUUUCAUUGUUGAGUUUUUCUGUGAUCAACCCAAUUUGAUCAUUUUAUCAAUAUGUGUAGCAAAAUAUGUAUUUGAAGAUUGUCUAUUGCCUUUAUGAAAAUCAUUGGAAUAUUUUUUUUAUUUAAAUAUACCUUUGGUGGGGGGUGUUUAGUUUAUCAACAGAUUUUGAAAUUAGAUAUUAAAUGUAAUUUUCGUACGUUGGAGGGCUAAGUGAAGCAUACAGUCUCAAAGCGACGUAUUACGAAGCCAGAUAACAGAUGGAAAGCGGGCAGCUUUGUAUCAAAUCUGGAUUUUAGAAUUUACUACUCUGCAGAAGAAUAUUUGGAUAUGAGAAAUACCUGUCGCUUUGCUCAUCUAUAACGCGUUGAUGAUAUAUGAAACUGUUUGUAUUGAUAAAAACUUUCCUCGUGCUGUAUUUGUUAAACUCUCACAUUCACCUAAUAACUUGUACCCCAGCCCAACAGGAUACAUGGAAAAUGAUCGGAAAAUACAAAUUAACUAUAUCUUUUUGUGCCUUGUGUUUCUACCUGAUGCUAUUUUACUGUGGUAACAACUCAUCACCACACUGGGAUAGGAACGUCUCUAUUGAAAACAAAAGAAUCAAUCCUGAAUCAACUUUUGAAGUAAAUGAGAAUGUAUUUUACAAUAGACUCGAAAAAUGCGGCAGCAGAUCUCUUCUGAGUGUUGCUAGAAGACUUGCUCUUCGAAACAAUUUCACAUUUUCGGCUUCGUCAGAUUACCGACAUAAACGACCCAGACGGCCCCGAGUACUAGAAGAAAUUCAAAAAAUCUCAAAUUUUACGCAUCCGACGUUUUACAAUCGACAUAUUCAUUACAUCAACUUUGGAAAAUUUGGUUAUUCAAAGCCAAUAUACGUCAAUCUCAUCAGAGAUCCCAUCGAACGUUUUAUAUCUCAUUAUAAUUAUAUGAAAUAUGGAGAAAAAGCUCGGGAUGUUAAAACAAAUCCGAGUAAGAUUUGGGAACUUGACAUAAAUGUGUGCGUAACAAAAAAUAUCGGAGUGUGCGGUAACAUCAACCUAUUAUUUUACACUGGAUUAUAUUUCUGUGGUUUGGAUGAGAUAUGUCUCAAGCCUUCACGCGCAAGUGUCGAAUUGGCAAAGAUGCAUAUUGAUAAAGAUUAUGCAGUUAUUGGAAUAACAGAAGAAUUCGAAAAUACUCUCAAACUUUUUGAAAAAGUUCUACCGAACUAUUUUUCUGGAGCUCUAGAAGUUUGGAAAGACCAUUCAGAAACCAAAAUGAACACCGCAUCUUAUAGAUUCGAUGUUCUGUCACAAAAAUCGAAAUAUAAACUAAGAUAUCACGACAUGGCCGCUGAAUAUGAAGUUUAUAAUCACGCAAAACGUAAAUUUGAAUAUCAGAAAAAACAGUACGAUAUAUCAAACUAGCUCGUCUUUACAGCACGGAAUAAAGAUUCGCCAAGCUUCUUGCUUAUUGGUUACUACAACCAACUCCUUUUUUCGAAUAUCAAUCGGUAACCUGUUAUACGCAUUGUUCCUUGAAGCUUCAAAAUCUCUACAUACAUCUUAGCUCUUAUAUAAUAUGACUUUACUUUGUGUUCUUCAAGUCUAUUGUUUUUCUUUUGUAAGUAUGUAUUUAUUUCUAGGCAGUUUCAUAUUAUUCUAUAUUUCUCCCUAUUUACGACUGUAAUUCGCUGACUGGAUUACUCGUCGAAUCAUUCGUGCUCAUCUUCAACUUCUGUGAGUCAUUGCUCGUUUUUGUAAUUUUGUUUAUAUUUUUUUAAUCUCUUUAUUUCCCAUAACGCAUGUUUAUAAUUGCACAAUAAAAAUAGA